UGUCCGUGUACCGCCUGUCGCGGGUCGCGAGAGAGCUGCGGACAACAGUCGUUCGUGUGUCGUCGUCGUUGUCGUUUCUCCUCGUGGACCCGACUCCGAAACUGUUAAUCCGUACACGUUAGCAUCCGAGACUUGCUUAUGGGGUCAAAAAAAAAACGAAACAAAACGAGCUACAGUACAAAGAAUUUAUAUCUCGGUAGAGCGUGUGUGUACAUUCGUUAUUGUUACUUCGGAGGAUGGCAAAUAUAGGUAACACACUGCUGAUGUGAUGCUGUUGUACAUAAGUACUCGGGUACUCGUGGUACACUUAUAACUACGUACAGUUUAAAUGUAAGAAGAAAAAAAGAGAGAGAAAACCGGGUUGAUCAAGCCGGAGGCCGGAGGAUGACGCGAGUGCGUGUGGGCAAAGUGUGUAUGUAAAAAAAAAAAAAAAAAAAAAAACACUUGGCGGAUUAAAAGUGAUAGACGAAAAAGAUAAACAAAUCAUAAAAGGAAGGAGCAAAUGUUGCAGCAGCAUAAUUAUCCUCCUCGGUGUUUUUUUUAUUUGUGCGAGUGUGUAUACAACAACCUUUAACACAACACGUAUUCGUCACUUUGUACUCUUAAAAUUGUUUUCAUAAUCAAUUCUUAUCAUCUGGUAUGCCUCCAAAUUGAACAAAAUUUUUUUUUUCAAAGCGUUUUUCUUGUGUACGUUUUUAACGGGGUGUACAUAGCCAGGGAACACCUGAUGUGUGUUGAAUACUCAGAUGGCACAUCGCUCCACAACCCGACGACGAUGACGAGAGUACUCUGGUGAUGAGAGAGAGAGAGCGGCGUGUAUCAAGAAAUUUCAAUGAGGGGUCGCGCAGCCGUGCACAUCGAGUCGAGCCGAGGGGAUGAUGAAGCGCCGACGCAACAAAUUACCACGCGGCUCCCCGGGAGCUGCGGUAACGACGAUUGAGGGCCGAUCCUCCGGAUAAUUCAUACAAAGGGUACGCACGAACACACAUGCCUACGGUGUGAAAAUGAUGACCGCCAUGGCUAGGCUACCGUGCAACAAAACCUCCCCGCAGCAGCAGCAGCAGCCGAGGUACGCGCCGAUCUUGGGCUCGAAUCCGAGUUUCGCCCAGAGUCGCGGAUACUGGGAGAUGCAACAGCACCCCACACCCCCGCCACCGGCCGCCUUUGUCCGCAAUCAUCACAGGCAUCCGUCUGAUCACGUUGGUAAGCGGAAGAGCGCUGUCGAGCUGCUGCAGGAGUCGAAGGCGUUUUACGUGAAGAGCGAAACCGUGCUGGACCGGAAGCAGGAGCUCAAGAACAGCGGCCACCUGCAGGUAUCCCAACUGACGGCUCCGCCUCGGUUGUUGCGCAAGUGCACGACCCCGGGCUCGGCGCAGCCGUGCAAUCCUGCUCAGCAACAACAGUCCUGCUGCUGGACCGCCUGCCACGACAACAACGACAGACCACUACCACCAAAGAGUCCACGGCUGGUCCCGCUGCCCCAGAGGCGCUCACUUUCGGGACCGUCGGCCCCGUCCAACACCUCGGGCCUCGGCCCAGGCGCCAACAACCCUGCGUCCAACAACAGCUCGGAACAGCUGCAGGCAAAGCUACGCCGGCUCCUCAACACCGACACCGCCAACGAUGGCAACGUCUUCUUCGCCGAGGUGCCACCGGCCCCGCCCGAGUACGCCACCCCGAUCCACACCAACAGAUUACACGACUCGGACAAGAGGUACUCGCCCGGCGGUAGCUUAUCACCUGGAUGCAGGGACGAGGAUCGCUCGUGGGGGAGCCCGGCCGGGGAGAUCCGGUUCAAGUUCGGCAGCCGGAUCGGGAGGUCGGGUAGCGGCCGGUCGUCCGCCGGUCACGGGACGACGGCCCCGAGCCACGAAGCCGCGGCCGCCCACAAGAGCCUACCUGAUCUUCACCACAGCAGCACGAGACGGCGGGCCUCCCUGUCGCCGAGGGCCUCGACCAAGUCCCCGUCGGCGAGGAAACCCCAGCCCACCGGCCAGGGCUGUCCCGACUGCGAGACCGGCUCCGACUACUCGGAUCGCAGCUUCAACCGCGACUCUGUGUGCUAUCGCAGCUCGAGGCACAUAAGGCGCUCGAUGGGUUCGGGUGGCGGUGACGCGAGCAGCGUCCUCUCGUCGGGCGGCCGCACGCAAAAGUCCUCGGGCUCGAGCAAGCUCAGCCACGGGGCGACGGCUCGUGACUCGGGCGGGUCCUCCGGGCACUGCACCCACAGGAGCGAACCACCUCCGAGGAUACAGGACUGUUGGAGCCACGCGCGGAGGGACAGCGGCGCCUCGACCCAGCACUCGACCGACAGGGACCGCUCGAGGAGGAGCUACAACAGCGCUACCCCACCUGCCAUCGUCAGGCACUACAGCCCCGACACCGACAGCAGCAACAGCCAGACCGACUACAGUCCCACCUGCAACUCGAGAUUCUCGGACGGGUGGAAGGAGGGCAGGGGCCGGCCGAUCUUGCGCUCCAAGUCUGACAUAAGCGACCGGUAUUGGCGCCACGAGUCGAGCCACCCGAGCGUCAACAGCGGCGGCAACCGACAGCAGCGGCAUCGGGAGCUCGAGUUCCGGUCGUGGUGGCAACGGCACGCAGGGCUCCUCCUCGUUGAGCCCGGAGGCAGUACCCGGGGCCCGCGCUCCAUGUCCCAGCUCGAGUCGUUCUUCGACAGGUUGGGCCUGGAUCCCGACAAUUACCACCACCACAUAACCGAGCCCUCCUCCAAGAGCAGCUCCCCGGUGUUCUUCGACAGCGUGAGCUCGGUCGACUCGGCGCUGGGCCUCUACUCGUCGUCGUGGGCCGCCGGGAGCUCGCCGACGAUACAGCCGGCCGGCAGCGCGCAGCCCCCACCUUGGCAGACGGCCAACGACGAGUGCCUCCAGAGGGGCGGCUCGGACCAGCAGCCGAGUAUCGUCGAGAGGAACGCGAGGAUCAUCAAGUGGCUGUGCCAGUGUCGCAAGGUCCAGUUUGGCUACAGUUAGUUUUUUCGAGGCUCGUUAUACGUCGGGAUCGACAAGCAUCAGCCCGUGUUUCGGACCUUGUGUCAUAUAUCCAUACAAGGUCGUUUCGAGUGUAGUCGAUCGAGGUUAUUGCAUUUUAAAUUUGAAAUUCAUCGUCUAUUGAAAUUUUAUCUACUCCUAAGCAAAACAGUUUUUAUGAAAAUUCACGAAUAUUUUAGGUAUUUGUUGCAAAUGUUAUCUAGGAAAUUUGCGAUGAUUUGCGACACGUGUUUCAUUGUUUGGCGUGAUUAUAAGUAUAUAUAUAUAUUGUAUUCUUGUUCAUCAUUUUUAAAAACACCAAAAUAUUUUAUCAACCGAUCGAAACAACUACUGUAACUUUUAUAAUGCAAUAUUUAUCUCUUGAUUGGAUGCACACGAACGCACUUACUCACUGUUUGUUCGUUGUCGAGUAAAUUUUUAAUAUUGUCCAAGUGUCGAAUUAAAGAAGCUUUCGUCUAUUGACUCUUAUUUCGUGUAAAGCUUGAUGAAAAUGUUGUUAAUUGGAUAUUUAUGCAGAUUUUUUAUUUAAAAAAAAAUAAUAUAAUUUACUUUUACAGAGUAAAAAUCGCUUCAAAAUUUUAUAGCCGCGUACACUCUGGUACUUGUUAAUUAUGUCUUAAAUCAAUUCGCAUACGCGUGGAAAGCGAUUGAGUGCCAUUUGCGAAAAAAUAGAAAAAACAGAUUUAUUAUUAUUAUUAUUAUUAUUACUAUUUGAACCUCGUAGUGUUAUUAUACA